AUGUCAACUUUGACGCUUGCUGUUAACGACUAUUUCAAGUCUGACUUGACGUCCGACUUGCCAUCUUCUUCAAGUCUGUCCCAUGAUCUGGUUGCAUCUGUGUCUGCCCCUGUAUCGCCUUUGGUGACUCAAUCAGACACAAAACCUUUACCUGUUCCAGCCCAUCUCUACACGGGCGCUUACACUUAUUCCAAGUCAGCCACCGACUUGCGCAUCACUGGCCUUGACGCUGCCCCUCGCCUGUGGCCCGAAACCCGUACAAAUUCGGGAAUGACGGAUGUCUCUAAGCAACUGACUGGUGUCAAGCAACUGACUGAAAUUAAACAACAACCAGUUGAAGUUAAGCCAGUUCCUGAAUUUCUUGUCCCUGGCUCUGCAUCCAUCCCUUCUGAUAAUAAAAAGGACACUAAGUCCGACCUUUCCAACUCGCCCAGAGCCGGCUCUGAGGCCCCUGGAUUGAAAAAAUUGAAGUCAUCAUUGAAGUUGCCCAGCCUCACCAAACUGUACUCUACGCUGAGCCUCUCGCCUAAGCUGGUGCGUUUUGCAUCUCGCCUCGAGAAGGUGAAGAUGUUUGACGGUAGAGACUCCCCAUCCACAGUGUCGCUUCAAAACACCCCAACCGGAUCUCCAAAGUUCCACGACUUUGAUCUUGAUGAUUAUUUCUCGUCUCACCGUAACUUUACCGACUUGGGCUUCGACGAAAACUCAGACUCGGAUUCUGAGGACUCCGACACAUUCCGCGAGUACACCCGCGAUAAGCUAUACAAGAUCAGUUCCCUGAACUUUGCUGCACCCAAAAACAUUUAUGACAGACUGAGUUCGCCUGUCUACCUUCAACAGAUGUCACUCGGCUCGGACAAGAAGCUGAUUGUGCUCUUGGUGAUGUGCCAAAACUUGGCUUUCGAAAAAUCAGUAUCGGUGAAGCUCACCUUGAACAACUGGCAGAGCACCUUGAUCUUCAACAACCCGCAAUACAUGAAGUCUUUCACUUCGGUCAACUUUGACCAGUUCAAAUUUGUCGUGCCACUUGCACACCUCCCCAGCGCACUUAGCGCCCAGUUUUGCAUCAAAUACGACGUGAACGGCCAGACCCACUGGGAUAACAACAGCAGCCGCAAUUAUAACGUGGUGUUGUCAUCCUACGUGCCUCAGAAGCCAGACACUUUUACUGUCCAGGACUCGUUCUCCUACAAAACUCCUACUUUCCUGCCUAUGCCAAAGCAGGUAUCCAACACGAUCCCAUCCGUGUCGUUGGAGAAGAAAUCUGCUCCACCAUACAACUACGAUGAACUCAUUAGCAAGCUCAUUCUGGUAUCGAAGGGUGACACUGCUAGACCUUCUGGCUUGUCUUCCCAGUCCACCCAGUCCAUUCCAGGCUCCGUUUCUUCGAGGCCUGCAUUGCAUACAUCUGCAUCACUGCCAGCGUUGAAGCCACGCUACUCGCAAUCGUUCCGGGCCAAGCACAUCGACUCUAAAGUGGACCUCUCAGGUAAGUCCACUGGAGCCGUGCCCGAGACUCGGUCACCCUUAGCUUUGGGAUCUGGUGCCCCCAACGUUAAGCCUGUGGCCAGUUUCCAGGACUCCAAGUUCAACUCAACCUCAUAUGCUACGUUGUUGCAAACCUACUGUUUCAACGGAGCUUCCACCUCAGCUGAGUCCUCAGCAGCAGGCUCGUUGGCCAACCUGCGUUCGAACUCGAGUUCGUCGCUCAAUUCGGACUUCAUGUCGGCAAUGCCGACUGCCAUUCCCACCUCAUUCAACUAA